CAUAAACCAGGUUUUAAUUAGUGUUGGUAGUAAGGCUUCCUCUUGUUUCCGUCCUUAGUAAAGCUUUAUUGUGCCAAAUACAAGUAAAUAGCCUCAUUGCAUUUUUUUGGGUUGACAUGUAGAAUUGUCUAAAUGCACAAUUGUUUUUUUUUUAUAUAAUGUACAGUCCUACGACUUUAUUUUAUGGGUCUGUUAUACAAGUAUCUUACUAAAUUCCCAGAAAGUUUCCUUGAUAUAACUAAUUGUAGGGGAAACAGAUUUCCUCAAAAUACCUGAUGCAUUUGAACAAAAGUAAAUAUUAAUAAGUUAUUCAUGUAUAAUUGGAAACUCUGUAUUUUCAUGGUAAACUCGCCUGUUCACAAAUUUCAACUUUUUCAUAUGUUUUAUGUGGUCUGCACUGAAAAAAAAUGGUUAUGCUAGUAAUUAAUAGGACGUUUACCAAAACAACUUCACAAUAGCAUCUCAUAUUAUCUCUUUAUUGUCAACCCCCAUAUAUUCUAAUUUUUUUGAGAAUAAGAUUCCCUGCUGGUGGUCGUCUCCAUUAAAAGCAGAGCCUUAUUAAAUGUACCUACAAUUUUAAAAUGUCAACAGUUUCUUACCUCUUUCCGGAGGUAUCUUGUAGCCAACUAACGUUACUAUUGUCGGUUUUGGGAAGAUGAUGCUGUAGCGGCUCACGCAUCAGCCGUUGCGUGAGAACGAUGACGCUCAGUAGCGGCAGCGAUGAUCAGCAUCGCUGGCUCAGACCGCGUCCCUGCGUUUACCACAAUACUCUGCGACAUGCAUCGUGGAAAAUUAUGUAAUAAUUGCAGUGAACACUGAAGAGGGUGAAAUGACAGGAUUUCUGCAUUGUUUCGAAGCGCACACCGCCUCAUCUUGCACUCACUGAGGAAGGAUAUCGUCGGGAACAGUCCGGGAGAUGGACGGCAGGACUGCGGAAACCGGGGAUGACGGGAGGACGAGUGAGGAAGCUGCCGCCAGCCUCUGUCUGCAGCUCGACCUGGGGGACACCGAUUCAGCCAAGAAGGCGCAGAUAACAGAGAUGCCGUCCCCAUUCGGAGUCGGCCUUGCCAAUGAGAAAAAGAUUGGCCAUAGGAGGGUAGAUGCCUCUGGAGAGACAACAUAUAAGAAGACUACCUCCUCUGCCUUGCAAGGGUCCAUCCAGCUGGGUAUUGGAUACACUGUAGGCAACCUCAGCUCCAAGCCUGAGAGAGAUGUGUUGAUGCAGGACUUUUACGUGGUGGAAAGCAUCUUCUUCCCCGGUGAAGGCAGUAACCUCACUCCAGCCCACCACUACCCAGACUUUAGGUUUAAGACCUAUGCCCCUGUGGCCUUCCGCUACUUCCGAGAGCUGUUUGGGAUCCGACCAGAUGACUACCUGUAUUCUAUAUGUAAUGAGCCACUGAUCGAGUUGACAAACCCAGGAGCUAGUGGCUCCAUAUUCUAUGUGACCCGCGAUGACGAGUUCAUCAUCAAAACUGUUCAGCACAAAGAGGCAGAGUUUCUUCAGAAACUCCUUCCGGGGUACUAUAUGAACUUGAACCAGAACCCCCGUACUUUGCUGCCAAAGUUUUUUGGCCUCUACUGCGUCCAGUGCGGGGGCAAGAACAUCAGAGUUGUUGUGAUGAACAAUAUUUUACCACGCUCUGUACGCAUGCACCUGAAGUUUGAUCUAAAGGGCUCCACAUACAAGAGGCGAGCGUCCAAGAAGGAAAGAGAAAAGUCCAAACCCACUUUUAAAGACCUGGACUUUCUGAAUGACGUUCCUGAAGGCCUCACUCUGGACCAGGACACACACAGCGCUCUAGUCAAAACUCUGCAGAGAGACUGUCUGGUUCUGGAAAGUUUUAAGAUUAUGGACUACAGUUUGCUGCUGGGGGUCCACAACAAAACACAAGCCGAGCGAGAGCACCAGUCUCAGGGUUCACCUCCAGGAGGUGGGGACGAAAAGAGGCGUGCAGCUCAGAAAGCCUUGUAUUCCACUGCCAUGGAGUCUAUACAGGGAGGCUCCACAUGCAGGGACACACUGGACCACGACGACACUAUGGGUGGUAUUCCAGCGGUGGGUAGUAAAGGAGAGCGCCUCCUGCUCUUCAUUGGCAUCAUUGACAUCCUGCAGUCCUACAGAAUGAUCAAGAAACUGGAGCACUCUUGGAAGUCCCUCAUCCAUGACGGGGACACAGUGUCAGUUCACAGACCUAGUUUCUAUGCUGAGAGGUUCUACAAAUUCUGUAACACCAUCGUCUUCAAGAAGAGCAGCUCAUUGCGGUCGUCUCCAUCUAAGAGAGGACGAGGGGCUCUCUCCAUGUCCAAGUCCAGUGCAGGAACGGGUUCGAGUGAGAAGCGUCCCUCUCUGAGUGAUGAGAGGCAGGAAAACCUGGACAACUUGGAGAACCUACGAGGAGAUUGCAGCUUCCCCAUGCUGGAGGACAAUGGGAGAGAGCCACCCUGCACUCCUCCUUCCUUUGAAGAUGCUACCACAGCUUCUAUAGCCACCACUCUCUCCUCUAACAACUCCUUACCCACAACCCCCUUCGAUACACCAGAGCACCCACGCUACCGGAGACAAAUGCUUUCCCCAAGUGUGGCCAGGGUACAGAGAGAGGUAGUUGAGAUUCAUGGGGAGAAGCAGGACACAAUUACAGUGGAGGUGGAGCUCAGUAAAAUCCCAAAGAGCACUGAGCUCACACAGAUGACAGAGAUGACCUCUCCCAGCCAUCUGUCACCUGAUCACCAGCUCCAUGCCACUGCCUCAUCCACCCCUCCUCCCUCUCUUAGUCCAUCCUCAGCAUAUUCCUCCUCCACCCUUCCUUCUUCCUUUGUGUCUUCCUCCUCCGCUGCUCCAUCAGCUAGCCAGUCGUCUUCCACACUUGCUUCAUCCAUCUGUCCAUCCACCAAACCACUCACCUCUUCCACCGCUGCUCAGUCGUCCACUCUUUCUUCUCCAAUCUCUCAUUCAGCUGCUCAAUCCAAACGUGUCACUUCGGCUCCAAACACCUCCACCCUCCCACCUGGCUCAGCGUUUUCUCCCAUCUGCCCUGCGUCUUCUCACUCCUCCACCCAGAGCCCCUCUCACCAUCUCCCCUCGACCCCUCCCUCCUCCCACCCUCCAAGCCCCCAGGUGCCUCAGCAGGCGCUGCAAACUCCGUGCAAUCAGCUGUCUGUGUCCAGCAGCCACAACUCUUUGGAUGGAGAGGUGCAGGUGUCUGACAUCUACUUUCAGACUCAGGAGGACCGGGGCUGGGUGUACUCUCCUCUGCACUACAGCUCAGAGUCCAGAAGGGGCUCAGAUGGGGAGAGUGAGACAUAACUCACAGUGGAGACAGCAGUGGUGGGUGGAGCCAGAGGCUGUCCCCAUAUACAGAAGCUGUGAGGUUCUAAUAACAAAGCUACCAGGACACUAUGAGAAUUAAUGCUAUAGUUGCCCAGGCUGCAUGUGGGAGCUUGCUUUGCCAACAGAGACUAAAGGAAUUAAGUAAACAACAAUACAAUCAUGCAUACAUUCAAACAAACAUACAUACAUAAAAUGUUGUGAAAAAAAAAUCAACUGCUGGACAAUCUGAUUGAUAUCAAGCAGAGAAAUAAAGUUUAAUCACAUGGUAAAAUGUGCUGAGUGACACUGUGAAUGGGGGCUGUUAAGACAGGUAUUGUUACAGCCCUGCUGCCUGCUGUGGAGGUUUCAUGAGUCACGCUGCACUGUGCCAGCUUUGGCUAUGCAAUUUGGAUAUAUGUAUUAUUGAUUUCUCUUUUUGAUUAACUACUUCAGAGUUUAUUCAUGCAUUUAUUUUUCACUAGGGGCAUGUCAAAGCUGUAUAUCAUUUUAUUUUAGCACUUUAUCAAUGGACAUGUGGCUGAAAUCGUAUUUGUCUGGUUAUUUUGUCAUUAAUUAUUGUUUGAAACACUCAAACACAGUUCAUGUGUUAUGUGCUGUGUAUGCACAGUGUGUGUGGUGGUCCACUUAAGAAUCUUUGAUCUGACAAUGAAUGGUUGUGUUCAAAAUGCCUUAUUGACAAACUCAUUUUCAUAACUGUUUUUAAUAUUUUGGUCACUUCUAAUUAUUUCAAAAUAACGAAAAAAUAUAAACAUACAGAGUAUUUUGUUGUGGGUGAAUACCAAAUAUUUGAAGAACAGUUACAAAAUAUAUAGACCAUGUAUUCACACCUUUUCAGGAUUUAGAACCAAAAGAUCAACCGCAAAUAAAGGGAAAAAAAUCAAAACUUUUGUAAAUGAUAGAUAAACUGUGUGUGCUUAAGCACAUGCAUGUCAGUUCGUACGUGCCCUUAUGUCUCAGUGCGUGCAUGUGUUUGCAUGCUUAUUGAUGUGUGAUUGGGAGACAUUCUGUCCUGCCUAUUUGUCAAAUUGUCAAAAGCUGUACUUCCAUUUGUUGUAAUAGGCCAUGAAAGUCUGAACCAGCUACAAGCAUGUUGGCUGUGUGAAAAUAUGCAAAUAGUCUUCUAUGACUGGAUUAACCAUCAAUGGCCGAAUUAAACAAACUGAGCUGAACUGAAAUAAACUUAGAUUUUAUACAGUUUGGUAAGAAAAUAAAUCGACUGUUGCCACAGACAGUACCUCCCUUCUUCCAUACAUGGGGAUCAACAAGACUAACAUAAUUAGACUUCCUGACUGUGUCGAUAAGCACUGCUGUAACAUAUGACUGUGUUAUUUGAGUCUGCUGACGUUAACCUGCCUGUUUGUAGGCAACAGUGUUUGUAGCUGAUCACUGUAAAAUAAAAUAAAAAUUAUAUCGUGUAAAAAAUAUA